UUAGAAUGAAAAUUCCGGCAGUUAUGCUUAGAAUACCAAUGAUGGAGUACGUGUUAAUUUUUUCGUGCUUUGUAUCCGUCAUGAUUUUUAUUAAAGGUGUCAAAAGUUUGCCCCUGAUAAGCCAAAAUAAUGGUCUGGGGAUACGGUGCAAGAUGCUUGAGAUGAAUGGGAAAUCGCUACGAGGCUUUGAAAGAAUAACGCCUCCGAUAAUGGAUGAGCUCUGCAUGGAAGAUGGACAGUCCAACUGUCAAGGACUUUUCGGAGAAGACCUUUCAUUUUGCCAAGAUGUAUGCUGUAAGCUCCAAGAAAACAAUGCUGAGGCAGAUAAUCUCAAGAUCAAAUGCAUCAACUUGAACAUUGAAGACAAAAUCAUUCAGGGAUUUGAAAGAAUCUUCCCGCCGAUACAGAAUGACACUUGCUAUGACGAUGACGGCUUCUCGAACUGUGACACUCUUUUGGAGCCUGAAAGAUCUUUCUGUGCAAGGAAAUGCUGCAUAGAUUCUUUCACCAGGAGUACUCCGCCUCCUCCAAAUAAAAAUCGUCAUCACGAUGGGAAAAAUCCAGGCUACCCAGCUGCAGAUAUGGACAGUAAUGCUUGUGGUCAAUUGGAAAAGGAGCUUCAUCGCUGGAGGAAUACCACCUAUGCAUUUGAAAUAAUAUCAUUUGUUCUUUUAGUGGUGUUGGUAAUUUUGAUAGCAGUACUGUGUUGCACUAGGAAAAAAUGGGAAAAGAAAGGGAAGAUACAGUUUCCAGCUGAUAUGCACAGCUCAAAUGUAGACAUUGCUCUUCCAGGCAGGACAGAAGAUAGAGAAACUCUCUUAUGAUAAACAGCAAGAGCAUAUUAAAGCUGUCCAAUUUCAAUUUUAUGGCAAAAUUGAAAUAAAAAUUAGAAAAUAAUUGUCCUGCCCUUGUUUUGAGAAAACUUUAAUAAUGGAUGGAUAGAAUAUGAUAAUUUUUUUUUUGAAAGCUAAACAUGUUUAAAAGUUUUGCCCUAAGCUAUU